GCAGUCCCUUUUGCAUAUCCCGCCGUCAAUAACCGAUCAAGGAUCCCACAAGAUGGGGCUAAUGUGGGUGGUCACGUGGCUCACCCGGUCUUCUCCCCUCACUAUUAUGCGGGCAAUUGGCCUGACCAAUGAAACCGGCACACCAAUACCUCGGACGGCAAUUUCUCGUUCCCUCCGCAAUUCAUUGAAUGCACUCAACACUCUCUUGCGAGGUUCAUUGCUUCAUCAGCCUCUAUAACAAAGCUGCUGCUGGCAUUUCAAGAAGCGUCAGACCACCUGCUUGCCUCAGUCUGUACUCUCCUGCUUCUUCUCCACCCCCCUUUCUUCUUCCGCCAUGGCCGCGCGCCGCUCACUCCUUCGAGCAGUCCCCGCAUUGUCGGCCAGACGAGCACCCCAGAUCACCCACGCCUCCCUCAGGAUGUCGCCCACAGAGCAAGUCGCAAAAAGGCGACUACAUGCCACGAGCAGACACCUCGCUGCCGCCGGCGCGGCUCAGGCCGACUACCCUACCACCCACGAAAAGAUCGAGCAGGUCGCAGAUACCCACAACUUCAUCGACAACCAAUUCGUCCCCUCCCAAGCCACGACAUGGAUUGACCUCCACGACCCUGCCACGAACAACCUCGUCACCCGCGUCCCUCAGAGCACCGAUGCUGAACUCAAGGCGGCUGUCGAGUCCGCGCAAAAGGCCUUUCCCAAAUGGCGUGCCACAUCCAUCAUGACCAAACAACAGAUCAUCUUCCGCCUGACACACCUGAUCCGGCAGAACAUGGACAGACUCGCCGCAUCCAUCACACUCGAGCAAGGCAAGACCUUUGCCGAUGCAAAGGGUGACGUGCUGCGUGGUCUCCAAGUCUGCGAGACCGCUUGCGGAAUCACCACCCAAUUGACCGGCGAAGUCAUCGAAGUGGCCAAGGACAUGGAAACUCGCAGCUAUCGUGAACCGCUCGGUGUCGUGGCGGCCAUCUGCCCAUUCAACUUCCCAGCCAUGAUUCCCUUGUGGAGUGUGCCUGUCGCCACCGUCACGGGUAACUGCUUGAUCCUCAAGCCCUCUGAACGCGACCCGGGCGCGGCCAUGAUCAUCGCAGAAUUAUGCAAGGAAGCCGGCUUCCCAGACGGCGUGGUCAACGUCGUUCACGGCGCCGCCAAGACUGUCGACUUCAUCAUCGACGAGCCCGCCAUCAAGGCCAUCAGCUUCGUUGGCUCCAACCGCGCAGGCGAGUACAUCUACACCCGGGGCUCGGCGAACGGAAAGCGAGUCCAGGCCAACUUGGGCGCGAAGAACCAUGCGGCCGUCCUGCCCGACUGCAACAAGAACCAUGCACUCAACGCUAUCACAGGUGCGGCCUUUGGCGCAGCAGGACAGCGGUGCAUGGCGCUCAGCACACUCGUCAUGAUCGGGGAAACUAAGGACUGGGUUCCCGAGAUCGCCGAGCGCGCAAAGAACCUUAGCAUGAACGGCGGGUUCGAGGAGGGAGCUGAUCUCGGUCCGUUGAUCAGCCCGCAGAGCAAGAAGCGCGUCGAGGACUUGAUCCAGACCGCCGUCGACGAGGGCGCGACCAUCGUCCUCGACGGCAGAGGCCAGAAGCCCGAGAAGUAUCCUAAUGGCAACUGGGUCGGGCCCACCAUCAUCGCCAACGUCAAGCCACACAUGAAAUGCUACACCGAGGAGAUCUUCGGCCCCGUGCUCGUGUGCCUAAACGUCGACACGACCGAAGAAGCGAUCGACCUGAUCAAUGCGAACCCCUACGGCAACGGCGCCGCGGUCUUCACCCGCUCCGGCGCCACGGCGGCCUUGUUCCAGAAGGAGCUCGAGGCCGGGCAGAUCGGUAUCAACGUGCCCAUCCCCGUGCCGUUGCCCAUGUUCAGCUUCACCGGAAACAAGAAGUCCGUCGCCGGUACGGGAAUGUCCAACUUCUACGGCAAGGACGGUCUGAGAUUCUACACACAGUGGAAGACGGUGACGAGCCUGUGGCGUGCAGAGGAUGCCCUGGCCACCGAGAAGCAGGUUUCUAUGCCCACCCAUUCAUAAAGUCCGAGGUUGGACGGUAUGUGUGUGUUUGAGAGAGAGGGGAGAGAGGGAGAGACAAAAAAAAGGCAUAGGUCAUGACUAGUUAGUGUUUUUCAAAAGCUGUCUCUACGGUUGGUCGACUUGGCUCUCGCGCGAAUGUUCCCUGCCACAGCCACAGUCUACAGAAUGUCGAAAUCUGCAAUGUCAUGUCAUGGCAAGUCAUCAGACGUGGUCCAACAAGUCCAGAGAUUUUUCUGCAGGAUGGGAAUGCAUGUUCGUCUGCUUAUCAUGAGCACUUUAGGUACAUAGGUAUCGCUACCUCUAUAUGGGCUUGGUAUCAUGCCGAGAUUCUUGCGAGUAUUGAAUUUUGAACAGAAAA